AUGUCGGUCGUGGAGAUGAAUGGAGAAUUCGUGAUAAAAGGUAAGGGGCGAGAGGAGUAUUUGGUCGUGAAAUGUGAAAGAGAAGGCGAGAUGAAGAAGAAAGACGACGUUGCAAAGAAGGAAGUGGGAAGUGGUGGAGAGAUAAAGAGGGCGAUGAGAGCAACGACGAAAGAGGGAAUGGGGGAAAGAGGGGGGGGGGCUGCACUAAAACAUGGGCCCUUAGACAUGUCCUAG